ACCUACAAGUGGAUAACAUGCACACAGUUAUCGUCGGGCCCGGGCUUCUCAAUUGGGUUACGCAACACAAACCCCCUUUCAUUUUUUGAUAGGCCAACUAUAGUUAUAUACCGCUCUUUUUUUUUCUUUUUUUUUUUUUUUUUUUUUUUUUUUUUUUUUUUUUUUUUCUGCAAUUCCCAAUAUUUUCGGUAAUUUUUAACUACCUCUCGCAAGUGAUCUCCUUCUCUGUUUUCUCUUUCUUCCCUCAUCAAACCCAGUUUACAAUUUGAUCAUCAAAUUCAUUAUUCAGGAUUAAAUGGAAGAUGACCCUAAUUUUAGGCCAUGGGAUGAACUAAUGCCAGACACAUUAGGUUUGAUAUUUCAAAGGUUACCACUUGAUGAGAUACUCAAUGUAGUCCCAAGUGUUUGUAAAUUAUGGGCAAAGGCGGUACGAGGCCCUUAUUGUUGGCAGGAGAUCGAUAUCGAGGACUGGAGUCGAUAUCGAAGGCCUGAUAGCCUUGAUCGGAUCCUUUUGUUGUUGAUUGGAAGGAGCUGUGGCUCGUUACGCAAGCUUUGUGUUUAUGGUUUGGCAUCUGAAAUGAGUUUAUCCUUAAUUGCUGAUAAUGCCAAGUGCCUUCAGAUUCUACGACUUCCAGGAAGUGAAAUAAGUGGCUCGAUGGUGGAACAAGUUGCUGUGAAGCUUUCUAGCCUCACUUGCUUAGAUUUGAGCUAUUGCACCAAAAUUGGAGCUCCAGCUCUUGAGGCAUUUGGAAAGAACUGCAAACUCCUUACUUGUUUGCAGAGGAACAUGCAUCCUUGGGAUGUAGCCGCAAUAAUGAAAGAUGACGAAGCAUAUGCUAUAUCUGCUACUAUGCCACAGCUCAAGCACCUAGAGCUGGCCUACCUGAAUAUCACAACAGAUGGUGCUGUUUGGAUCCUCAAAAGCUGCCGUGAGCUUGAGUUGCUUGAUAUUAGAGGUUGUUGGAGCGUGAAAAUUAAUGAAAAGUACCUUAAGGAUCGCUCAAAGUUGCAGGUAGUAGGACCUCUUGUUGUGGAUGGCAGUGGCAAGGUAAAGGAGAGCGUUGAUUUCUACCCUGGUUCUUCCAGCUUCUGGGCCUGGGGUUUUGGGGAGAUGGAUGAGUAUGAUGACGAUGGUGAUCAGGACGAUGCAUGUGAUAUGUCUUAUGCUCCCUGGGAUGAUGUGCAUGAGAUGGAGGACUUAGGGUUGGUGUCCUACGACGAUGUGUUUGGCUAUUACUAAAAUUUAACCGAAUGGAGUCUGCAGUAUUUUUUUUCAUGUAUGCGUUCGCGAGCAUUUGGCUUUGAACAGCGAAUGGUCUCUCGAUCUCAAGGAAUGAUGUAGAUUUUCUUAAUAUUGAUUCCUACAUCUAUCUGAGAAUGUUGAGAUGUAUUUUUAAGUUGAUUAGUUGGCAGCCUAGUUUACCACUAUUACCAGAUGGAAUGUAGAUUUGAUCUAGACCUCUUAUACGUAGUACUACAGUUCAGAAUGAACUCUAGCUCUAGUUUAAGCUUCUUUUAUGCAGGUAAUGAUAUUGGCAUUUGGCAAUGAAUGAAAUGUGUCUUAGGAUAUUGCAUA